AUGGCCGAAGUCCAAAGCGCCGGUGACGUGAGCUAUCCCAACCCUAACGGCAGUAAGUUUGUCAUUUCCCCACGGUGCAUCAGAGAUGCUGUGACGAACGGUCCUGUUAUUACCAACAUUAAGUCCGAGGCCUCGCGUACCCAAGAGGAAUUGCGCGACCUGAGAUAUUCGAGCUCAACUCCGUCAACGACCACUGCGACCGGCCAGCCCCUGACCUAUUAUCAUUCCUUGCUUUACAGACUCCUGAGCUGGGAGCAACCCAGAGCGACUGCCGUUUCCUUUGUGAGCGUCAUCGCCUUUAUUUUUGCCGCCCGUUACCUGCCCCUUCUUCGCUGGUUCUUCAAGUUUACGUAUCUGGCUUUGGGAUUCACCGCUGCGGCCGAAAUUGGUGGUCGUCUCGUGCUGUCACAGGGCCUCGCCAGCUCGUUCCGUCCUCGCAAAUACUACACCGUCCCCAAGGAAACCGUUGAGGCAGUUUUGGAGGACCUCGAACAGCUCGUCGACUUCCUUCUUCUUGAGUUCCAGCGUAUUCUGUUCGCCGAGAAUGUUGUCCACACUGUUGCUGCCUUCUCUGCCGCCUUUACUGCCUACUGGCUGAUCAAGUUCCUCCCAUUCUGGGGAUUGUCUCUGAUUGCCGUCACCAUCGCGUAUCUGGGACCUCUCGUCUACAUCAACAACCGCGAAGUCAUCGAUGCUCAAAUUGAGAAUGUCCAUGGAAUGAUCAACUCCCAAGCCCACCAAUUGAAGGACCUUGCUGAGGAGCGUACCCAUCAUGCCACCGGCCUCGUGAAGCAGUACGUCGGUGACUACAGCGCCAAGGCUCAAGAGUACAUUGGUCACCGCCGCAGUACUUCACCAGAAGCUACCAAGAAUACCGGUCCUGUUGUCAAGAAGGAGCCUAGCGCCGAAGCCGUUGUCAAGACAACGGACUUCCCGGAGGCCCCCAAGCAGGAACCGGUAGCAAAACCCAUUGAGCACAACCGCGAGCCUUUGGAGACCAGGGAGCCUCUGCUGGCUGCUUAA